AGCAUGGGAGGAGAGAAAAAGAAAAAAAGGAGACCAUUUCUCUAAAUUUUAGUUUCCAAGAGGGUCCAGUAUUCAAACCCAUAUUCUGGACAGAUAUCAGAAGAAGCUGAGAGCGACUACCUUGAAAGUGAAUCUCCAACCCGAGUAGUGCUGGGGAAACAUAAGAAAGGUGCUUUAUUAUAGAGCAUCUAUUUUGAUGAUGGAGUGAUAAAAUGGAGAAACAUUUCCUAGGGAAACCCUUUUCUAUCUCAGGUUUCUUUCCCCUGAAGCUUGAAGCUCAAAGUUCAUGCUUCAUCAAAGCCGUUCCAAAUCCCGAAGGUGAACUCGCUCUCACCUGGAGCCUGUUGUGUUUCUCUUCCCUUUGGCUGGGAGCAGUCACCUGGGAAUCUUUCCAGCAGGUGGCUUCCAAAGUCCAACCUGUUAGGUUGAAAUCUGACACUGACAGCGACUCCCCGGAGCUGCUGAGGAAAGCCAGACGGGGAACCAGGAAAUGCACAAGCCUCUUUCUGUUCAAAAACAGCUGGGCUCCCAGGGAGACAGAGCAGCAUGGGAAACCGGCUCUGCUGCGGGGGAAGCUGGAGCUGCCCAUCAACUUUCCAGAGGAAAAAGAAAAUGGGGAGCCAAGCAAGAUGGACAUUGAAGCAGCAGCAGCAGCAGCAGCAGCAGCAGCAGCAGCAGCAGCAGCUGAAACAGAAUGGCUUAAAGGGCCACGACAUAAGGAGACGUACACAUGAGCAGGUGUUAAAGCAGCCUGCGCCUCAGCGGAGGAGUCAAGGCCUCAGGUUGGAGGAGAGCAGCUUACAUUACGCAGACAUUCAAGUAUGCAGCAGAACCCAGCCACGCUCGGCCCAGGAGAUGAAGCACCUGCAGUUGGAAAAUGCUACAGAGUAUGCGAUCCUUCACUUCCCACAGGCCAAACCCCGCUAUGACAGCAAGAAUGGGACCCUAGUGUGAGCCCUGGAAAGGAAGGACUUGUUUGCAUCAUUUCACCACUAUGGCUCUGGGGAGAAUCUAUUGCUUUGUGGAAUCAGAUGGCAGCCCAGGGAUGGCGGGCACAUUUUAAGUUUAAAGAACUCAAUGGAGUUUCCAUUGUGGCUCAGCAGUAAUGAACCCAACCAGUAUCUAUGAGGUUGUGGGUUUG